GAAAUUCAAAAACAUCCUCAGAAUCUUCAAAAUCUCCACAGGGCCACCGGUACAUAAAUGUACAUAAACAUCAUUAAAAAAAAAAUAAAACAACACAACACAAAACCAAAUACCAAAAUCAAACAAACGCUCUUCUUCAACGGUCCCUUUUUGCCUUUUUCUCUUUCAAACGGCUAUUUCUCUCUCUCUCUCUCUCUCUCUAUCGCUUUCUCUUUCUCUCUCUAAAAAAUAACACUUUCUAAUUCCAUCUUCAAACUCCAAAUUUCAAAUCUCAAAUCCCAACACACAUUUUUUCCCUCUCAAGAAACCGCUUCAACUUUUCUAGGAAAAUAGUAUUGUUCUUCCUUGUUCAGUUGCAGUUGCUUCAAUAUGUCUAAUCCUCAAGCUGAUCCACUUAUGCAAGUGGAAACAACAUGUGGAUCCCUUCUAUAUGAACUUCAGAUCAUUUGGGAUGAAGUUGGGGAGUCUGAUACUGAUAGGGAUAAGAUGCUACUUGAGCUUGAACAAGAAUGUUUAGAAGUAUACAGGAGAAAGGUAGAUGUGGCAAAUCGGUCUAGAGCUCAGCUACGACAGGCAAUAGCUGAUUCUGAAGCAGACUUGGCUGCCAUUUGUUCUGCAAUGGGGGAGCGACCAGUACAUAUUAGGCAGUCUGAUCAGAAUGCUGGAAGCUUGAAGGAAGAGCUCAGAAGAAUUCUUCCACAAGUGGAGGAGAUGAGGAAGAGGAAAUCAGACAGAAGAAAUCAAUUCCUAGAUGUCCUACAGCAAAUACAGGAGAUCUCAAAUGAGAUCCAUGGAUCCACAGAAUACAUGUCAUCUAAGAUAGUUGUAGAUGAAAAUGAUUUGUCCUUGAGAAAGCUUGAAGAAUUGCACAGACAACUGCAUGAUCUUCAAAAAGAGAAGAGUGAUCGCCUUAGGCUGGUUCAGGACCACCUGUGUACUGUGAACUCCCUUUGCUCAGUGCUUGGUCUGGAUUUCAAGCAGAUAGUAAAUGAAGUUCAUCCCAGUUUAGGUGAUUCUGAAGGUUCCAAGAAUAUAAGUAAUGAUAAGAUUGAGCAGUUGGCUGUUGUGAUACAAAAAUUGCGAGAGGUUAAACUACAGAGAAUGCAGAGGCUUCAAGAUCUUGCAUCUACCAUGUUGGAGCUCUGGAAUCUGAUGGAUACACCAAUUGAAGAACAGCAGAUGUUUCAGAAUGUUACCUGUAAUAUAGCUGCUUCAGAACAUGAAGUAACUGAACCAAACACUCUUUCUGUGGACUUCAUUAAUUAUGUUGAGGCAGAAGUAUCCCGGUUAGAAGAGUUGAAGUCAAGCAAAAUGAAAGAGCUUGUUCUGAAGAAGAGGUCAGAGCUGGACGAGAUUUGUAGAAAGACACACAUGGUUCCAGAAGUAGAUUGCUCAAUGGAAUAUGCUAUUGAAGCUAUAGAGUCUGGAGCUGUGGAUCCUGCUUUUGUACUUGAGCAAAUUGAGCUUCAGAUUGGCAGGGUUAAAGAGGAAGCUUUCAGCAGGAAAGAAAUACUUGAAAGGGUAGAGAAAUGGUUGGGUGCAUGUGAUGAGGAGAGUUGGCUUGAAGAAUAUAAUAGGGAUGAGAACCGAUACAAUGCUGGAAGAGGUGCUCAUCUUACGCUCAAGCGAGCUGAGAAAGCUCGUGCUUUGGUUAAUAAACUUCCAGCAAUGGUUGAAGCACUGGCCUCAAAAACCAUGGCAUGGGAGAAGGAGAGAGGUGUUGAGUUCACAUAUGAUGGUAUCCGUCUCUUAUCUAUGCUAGAAGAGUACACUUUACUACGGCAAGAGAAAGAGCAAGAACGCCGUAGGCAGCGGGACCAGAAGAAGCUCCAAGGACAGCUGAUAGCAGAACAAGAGGCACUUUAUGGGUCAAAACCAAGCCCUUCGAAAACCCAUAGCGUAAAAAAAGCUCCUAGGAUGUCAACUGGAGGUGCAAGCAGUAGAAGACUCUCAGUUGGAGGAGCAGUGCAUCAUACUCCCAAACAUGAUCCACUUCACUCUACAAAAGCUACUCCUCACUCACGUCCCAUUAGGAAGAGUGACCGAGUACACCCAAAUGAGCUAAUGUAUCCUCAAGAUGAUGGCAUCUCAGUUUUAUCUGCUGGUAGGAGAGGCUUGGAUGUUGCUGGUCUCCCUGUAAAAAAGCACUCAUUUGGUAGUAAUGCAAGUGUUCGUGAAGUAGAGUCACCUAUGGUGCGGAUACCAUUCUCACCCAUCUCUUCCACAACAUCGUCAAAAGCCAACAACACAACAAAUUUGUCAGAUGAUAUGAACUUGACACAUGGUGAGACGACGUUGCAGAAAACGCUUUCAACUAACAAUAUGCAAUUUACUACCCCCACCAAGACUGCUACUACUUCUAUGGCAGAUGAUGAGAAUAAAACUCCAAAGGCAAUGCCGAUUCCUGUCCCUGCAACGCCUUUAACAGUGUCAAUCCCAAUGCAGACAGCUAUGACUCCGGCUCCUCCACCGGUCUCUUUUGGCACCAAGGUAGUUGAAGACCUUCCUGAAGAGAUUGAAUAUUCAUUCGAGGAAAUUAGAGCUGGUUUUGUGCUUUCCAAAACACAUGUAAAGUCGAUGAUGGUACAAGUAUGAUAAAGCUCUAGGUGGAUUUGGAUUUAAUUUGUUGUUUUAGCCAUUCUCUUCACUAUUAUUCUUUUUGGUCUUUGUGAUGGCUAAGUCAAUUAUAAUUGGCUUUUCUGAUUUGUAUUAUACAUUUGCUACGAGUACUUACUUAAAUGUGGAAUAUGAUGUGAACUUGUCCCUGUUUAGUUUUC